AUGGGACCAACAACGGCACCAACGGGAUCGAUGUGGCAGCCCGAAUUCAGCUCUGAACAUGCAUCCGUGACAAACGCUGAAGCGACAGAUGCUCAUACUGGAAUCGUUACCAGUCAAGCCACAAAUCCAUUUGGAAAUGUUUCCUUCCAAGCUCAAGGCGAGUUCCAAUCACAAAUCACUUUUUUACCUACUCUAGUUACUUCUAAUUAUGAUUAA